AUGACGACCCAGUCGCGCAAGGGAUGCAUCGACUGCAAGAAUGCUAAGGUCAAAUGCGAUGAGGGUCGGUUAUCCUAUGCACGUGAACGCAGCAUGAUAUCACCUAGGGGCUCCGGUGCUCCACCAGGCUCGGUCGCAGCGAAACGUCGAGCAGCUUUUGUAUCUAGUGCUUUUACGCCCUCUUUACGGACGCCGAUGGAAGAUGAAGGGUGGACAGAAGAAAGGGCGAUAGACACCUGGAUUGUUGACACGCGCGGCAGAUUAUAUGAGAUCAAUGAUCCUAGAAGCAUCUACCAAAGAGCCCUCUCCCCUGAAAGGACCCGUCCUGAUCCCUCUGAGCAUGAUCCUGGCAGCGGAGAAACCUUUGAUCGAAGUCUACUUUAUGAGGCACCCUUCAGAAAUGGUUAUGAGCAACGAGUUCUUCAUUCACAAGAUGAACAGAGCUAUCAUUUCACUUUUGCAGCAGAGUCCCACAACAGUCGGUGA